CCCACCCCCACCACCCCCAUGGUCAGCUUCAGCGGCCUCGUCUCGUCCCUCCCGCUGCUCGGCGGCGCGGUGGCCGGCAUUCUAGACCCAUCACGGCCUGAUUCAAAGGUCGCGCGCAACGUGCUCGAAGGCAAGGCAGAGGGGUAUUGUAGCCCCUCCGGCCCGAUCGAGCACACGUCGUGCGCGUACGAGACCAUCGAGCAGGUCAACACCGAGCUCUUCCCCAAGAUCCACGAGCUGGUGGAGCACCCCUUCUUCCGAUACUACAAGGUCGACCUGUUCCGCGAGUGUCCGUUCUGGCAGGAGAAUGGAUUCUGCAUGAACCGCGCGUGCUCGGUGGAGGAGACGGAGGAGUCUGAGAUCCCGGAGAAGUGGAGAGCAAAGGCGCUGAGCGCUGUCACCGUGUCGUCUGCUGAGGACGGCCCGUCGAGCUGCUACUUCCGCGACGACGACUUCUGCUUCAUCGAGGACGACUCGACCCCCGACGGACAGUACAUUGACCUCGCGCUCAACCCGGAGCGGUUUACAGGCUACGCUGGAGACUCGUCGCACCAGGUCUGGCGGGCAAUCUACAAGGAGAACUGCUUCGGGCUCUCCGAGGCGGGCUUUGCGUCGAGCCUCGCCGGGCGCGGGGGCAAGGGCCCCAAGGAGGUGCUCGCGUCUGCCGUGGUCGGCGCGGGCGGAGUCAGCACGCCCAACGACAAUGGCUGGGGCUUCUCCAAGCUCUCCGAGGGGUGGGGUACCGAGAUGGUCAAGUCGGCGUCGGCCGAGACGUGCGAGGAGAAGAAGCUCUACUACCGCGUCAUUUCGGGCCUGCACGCCUCCAUCUCGAUCCACAUCUGCGCAGAGUACCUCGACACCACGACGGGCGAGUGGAAGCCCAACCUCCAGUGCUUUGUCAACCGCCUCGCGACGCACCCCGAGCGCCUGUCCAACGUGUACUUCAACGCCGUGCUUGUCCUGCGUGCUAUCGCGCGCGCAGCGCCCUACUUCCGCGCGUACGACGUCGGCGUCACCCCGCGCGCGAUGCUCGCCAAGGAAUCGUGCUCCACCGCCGCGGGCGACAGGGCCACCCGCAGCCUGCUCGACGACGUCCUGUCCAUCGCUGAGCGCUCCGACGUCGCCAGCGGCUUCGACGAGGCCGCCUUCUUCCAGGGCCCUGAUGCGCCUAUCCUCAAGGAGCAGUUCAAGACCCACUUCCGCAACGUGUCGCGCAUCAUGGACUGUGUCGGCUGCGACAAGUGCCGUCUCUGGGGCAAGCUCCAGGUGUCGGGCAUUGGUACCGCGCUCAAGAUUCUCUUUGCUCUCGACGACAAGGCGCUUGACCCCAAGCGCAACCCCGACCUCCUGCAGCGCUCCGAAGUCGUCGCGCUCUUCAACACGCUGCACCGCAUCUCCGAGUCGCUGUCGUCUGUUGAGGACUUCCGCCAGAUCUACGCCGCGACGCAAGCCGCGGAAGCCGAGGCCGCGCGCAAGCGCCACGCAGAGGACGAGGAGGCGCGGCGCGCAGCCGAGCGCUCGUCCCUGUCCUACUACCUCUCCCCGAGCGCAAUCUUCGCCACUAUCCUCUCGGUCCUCGAGGCCAUCCGGAGGAGUUGCCGCGGCUGCGUAGAGUUCUGCGUGCGCUCCCUCCAGACUGGCCCCGUCGCCAACGUCUUGAACGCCAUCCGGCAGGCCAUUGGUGUCGACGGCGUCAAGACGGAAUUGUAAUAUCCAUAUACCCUACAGUGUAAGUAGACCUCACCUUCUUUUCCGUACAGUGUACGCGCAUGGCAUCGCAUGAUCUAGCAGGGGCGAGGGGGGCACGGGGGGCACAACGACUCACACAGACUCACACGACACACACAAAUACAGAUGCAUGAUG